AUGGCAAUGGUGGUGCUUAUCCUGUUGGCCCUGCUCCCUUUCAGCGCCCUUGGCUCUCGCUCCGGCCCGACGGCCGUGCAGCACCACGGCCACGCCGGCCACGGCACCCCCAAGCACUCGUCACCUCCUCAACCAACCACGGCGGAGCUAGUACGCAGCACCUGCAACUCCACGGCCUACUACGACCUGUGCGUGUCCGCGCUGGGCGCCGACCCGUCCAGCGCCACGGCGGACGUCCGCGGGCUCUCCACCAUCGCCGUGUCCGCGGCGGCCGCCAACGCCUCGGGCGGCGCCGCCACGGCCGCGGCGCUCGCCAACGGCACCGCCACGUCGUCGUCCAACGCGCAGGCGGCCCCGGCCACCGGCGCCACGGCGCUGCUCCGCACGUGUGCCGCCAAGUACGGCCAGGCCCGGGACGCGCUGGCCGCCGCCGGCGACUCCAUCGCGCAGCAAGACUAUGACUUCGCGUCUGUGCACGUGAGCGCAGCCGCCGAGUACCCGCAGGUGUGCAAGGCGCUGUUCCGGCGGCUAAGGUCCGCACAGUACCCGCCGGAGCUGGCGGCGAGGGAGGAGACGCUCAGGCAGCUCUGCUCCGUCGCGCUCGACAUCAUCGCGCGCGCCUCCAACAGCAGUGGCUAG